AUGUCUCAUUCAAAAGUAAAUGCCGCAAAGAGUUUGUUACAAUUUUUAAAAUCAAUAAACAGUCCAAUCAUUUUGGUUGCUCAUAAUUGUUUUAGGUUCGAUUGUCCAACGCUAUUGAAUUUUAUAAGAAAUGAAGGCCUAUUGAAUGAGUUUUCGGAAUUAGUUGCUGGAUUUGCUGAUUCUUUACCUUUAUUUAAAUCUAAACUUAAAGAUAAACGUGGAACGAAAGCCAGUUACAGACAGGAGGUAUUAGCUGAAGAGUUUUUAAAUGCUAGUUUAUUGAGUGAUGCACAUAAUGCAGCUAAUGAUGUAUGUGUACUUCAAAAGCUUGUUGAACACAAAGAUAUAAAUAUUAAUAGAAAUGAUAUAUUAGAGAACUUUAAAAGUCUUUAUGAAAUAAUGAAUCAAGGCGCUGAAAAAAUAAAAUUCAACAAGAUACAAAAAACUCUUCAGUGUUUACUAGUCGACAAAAACAAAAAAGAAAACGGUGGCUUAUCUGUGCAUAUGAUUAAAAAAAUGGCAAUGACUGGAAUAACUUUCGAUACUGUAAGUAAGUGCUUCAAAUCGAGUGGUCCUAAAGGUAUAAGAAUACUUUUGGCACAAGAUGUAGGUGGAAAACCUCGUAUUACGAAAAGCCAAAAAAUUAUUGAUAGCUUAUGUACAAAAUUAGGGCUUAUUCUGUCUGACAGCUGUCUAACAGCUAGCUAA